CUUGUUCUAAUGUUUAUGUUUAUACGUUUAAUUCUUUAAAAAUUAUAAAAACACAAAAAUAGUUCAUUACUUUUUUCUUAGAUAAAAUAUGUUGAGCCUUCAAGCUUAUGCUAGCGAUAGUUCAUCCAGCGACAUUGAAAAUGAUGACGGAAAAACUGAAAAGAAUGCAGACUAUUUAAAACCAAUCGAUGAAUCAAUAUCUGUGGCUAAAAGUAUGACUAUUUGUGCAGCUCCAGAUGUAGUUCCAAUGAAUCAUCAAGCAGUAAGCCGUGUUGUUGAUCCUGCAAACAAAGAAUUACAGUAUAAUCCUAAGUAUGAAGAGCUUUUCGCGCCUGUUCAAGGACCAGAAAACCCAUUUCUCACAGAACAAAUGCGCGCUCAACGGAACACAUUAUCUGGCUACAUAGAAAAAGCACACGUGAAUGCUUUUCAAUUUGAAAAUCAACGUAGAACAUUUCACACAUACGGUUAUGCACUAGAUCCUACAGUAGAUAGUCAAACAAUUGAGGGACAAAAUUACGUUGGUGACUUACAAUCAGCUUACGAUACAGAUGGUAAAACAGUUUUUGAGUCUCCAAAACCAAAAAAGAAACGGAAACAAGAGAAAAAUGAUAAUCCUGAGGAUGUUGAGGGUUUUGUAGGUCCUUGGGGAAAAUAUGUAGAUGAGCAAACUGUAGCUAGACCAAAUGAAGACGAAAAAGCCGCUUUAGAAGAAAUUUUAUCGAAACGACAUAAAAGAGGAAGAAUUCCGGAAGAAAAACCCAUCGAAGAAAAGUCUAUAUUACAUAUCAAAGAUGCUGUUGAUUAUCAGGGUAGAUCGUUUUUACAUGCACCUCACGACGUUGGUGUUAACCUUCGUUCGGAUUCUGCACCUUCAAAAUGUUUUUUACCGAAAGCACACAUACAUACCUGGACUGGGCACACCAAAGGUGUUUCUACUAUCAAAUGGUUUCCUAAGACAGCUCAUUUACUUUUAUCUGGAAGUAUGGAUUGCCGCGUUAAACUUUGGGAAAUAUAUGGUGAACGAAGGUGUAUCAGAACAUAUUUCGGCCACAGACAAGCUGUGAAGGAUGUGUCUUGGAAUAAUCCAGGUACACAUUUUCUUUCUGCUGGUUAUGAUCGUUAUAUAAAACUAUGGGAUGCAGAAACUGGUGAUGUCGUAUCUAGAUUUUCUUCAAGAAAAAUUCCUUUUUGUGUUAAAUUCAAUCCAGACCGAAAUAAACAACAUUUAUUUGUAGCUGGAACUUCAGAUAAAAAAAUUAUAUGUUGGGAUACGAGAAGUGGUGAAAUUGUUCAAGAAUAUGAUCGUCAUUUAGGUGCAGUGAAUACUAUUACUUUUGUAGAUGAAAAUCGGCGUUUUGUAACAACAUCAGACGACAAAAGCAUGAGAAUAUGGGAAUGGGAUAUACCUGUUGACAUGAAAUAUAUUGCUGAUCCUACAAUGCAUUCAAUGCCAGCUGUGACCUUGUCACCGAACGAAAAAUGGCUUGCCUGUCAAAGUUUAGAUAAUAAAAUUGUGAUAUUUUCUGCAAUGAAUCGCUUUAAAAUUAAUCGCAAAAAAACUUUUAUUGGUCAUAUGGUUUCAGGGUAUGCAUGUCAGCUAGAUUUUUCUCCAGAUAUGAGUUACCUAAUAUCAGGGGAUGGGGAUGGAAAAUGUUAUAUAUGGGAUUGGAAAACAACUAAACUAUAUAAAAAAUGGCAAGCACAUGAAGGAGUUUGCAUAAGUACUUUAUGGCAUCCUCAUGAAGCUAGCAAAGUUGUCACAGCUGGAUGGGACGGUUUAAUAAAAUAUUGGGAUUAAAAAUUCUAAAACAGUUCGCUUUUAAUAUUUAAUUUUAUCGAAAUAUUGGCAAUUAAAACUUGUAAUUAAAGAGAAAAAGCUUUUGGAAUAUGUAAAAUACAGUUUGAAAGAGAAAAAUACAAACAACAAAUGCCUGUUUUUCUUAUGAUAAUGAUUUUUUAAAUUCCUCAAUUUUAUUGUAACUUAAAAAUAAA